UACUCCGCUCCUGAGCCAGAAGCCAUUCCCGUGACAAAUACACCCCCCUCGUCAAAUCAUCCAAACUCUACACUGCUUGCUUGGGACCAGCUGGCCUCAGCUCUUGACAACCUCGACAUCCUGGGCCAUAAAGAAUCAAUUUCAGUCACUGCUCAGGACAAUCAUACAACCCCAGAGUCCUGCUUUAUGAACUGUUCUGGAAUAUACGCCCACAUCACUGCUUGCACCAACCUACUCCAAUGUUCCAUUAUAGAGCUGUACAGAAAAGUUCACUACCCCAUGUUGCUAGCAAAUUGGAAACCUUGGGUGGAGAAAUGGCUCAUUAAUUGCAUGACAGAGCUUCACUCUGUUCAUGAUGCUGUCAGAAUGGAGGCCCUCAGAGGAUUUAUUGACCAUCCUCCAUUGAGAGGACUAAUUCAGCCACUAAAUCAUCAGAGCACCGUCAUUCAAUAUGCCUCGAUUGCAGCCGAAUUCAUUAUCUUUACUUUGCAGACAGCCUGUCAACCUCUGGCAACACAUUUUUGGUCCGACGGUGAUAGCCAACUAGCCACCAGUGUGAAAAAGGCAGCAUCUUUGUUGCCUUUAAUCCAAUGUGCUGAUCUCAAUUCAGAGCAGGAAUUUUCCAUCAUCCUUAAUACUCUCUUCUGGCAAUCCGUUGGUUUCUCGUGCUCAAUCCGAAAACGCUCUAAAGUUCAGUCCGCACUGGAGCAGUUCAUCGCCCUCUCAACAAUCAAGCCCGAUGGAUCCUUCUGCCCACCAUCUGACCUGACCCAGACAAUUGCCGCCCUCCAGUACACCAUUCGUGUGGCCACAAUCUUUGUCUGUCUGCGUGCAACAGAGCUGUUUGCGGAAAAUCCUCCAGAUGGCUUCGAUCCCCAUAACCCACACGCUCUCGACUGCGCAUCCAUCCACGUGUUCUUUCGGUACUUCCAUGAUGAAAAACUCAUCUCUCCCUUCUUCACCAUUAGCAACUGGAUGCGGCUAGCCUCGUCAUCAGAAUUUGAUGAAGAUCUUCCAAUCUCUAGCUACUGGGCCAACUCAGAAAUGACACAACUGGUCAUUGGCCCCACAACAAUCACAAUUGCGGCCGUGCAGAGAGCCCUCAGAAUUGCAAUCUCUUCCAUUAAUGGUGUCAUCCAUACAACUCUCCAUGGCGCUUUGUUCCCCGCUUUCCCCCACUCUAAACUCAUGGAUAUGGCCGAAAACACAUCCGUUGGGUUCAACUAUCUCGUUGCUCCUGUAAACAUGCCGAUUCACCAUUUCAAACUUCUCCAAGAUUGGAUGCUCAAUCAUUCUUCCUAUGGCAUUGCGCCUCCGGCCUGGGCAUUGGCGGUUUCCUUCAAAGACGGUCAAUUCUCGGUCAACGUGGACAACACCUGCUCAAGGAAACAUGCCUGGGACUGGCUUGAAAGGGCUGAUCUCAUUCUUGAGCACAUCUACUUCAUUUAUCGUGUUGGCUGUGGUCUACCUGAUUGUAGAACUGAAGAAGCUGCUACUCUGAUCAGAAAUCUCCAUUCAGCUCCAAGAAACAUCUACUGGCGGGAAAACAGAUUUCUAUUUCAAACCUACCACCACAACAGGCCAAGCCAAGUCUACCUCACCACAGACCUAUCCAUGCAUUUACACAAUUAUCUAGCUUACAUUCGCCCGGUUCAAAUGGCUCUCAACCAACACGAGACUGCCAACAGCAUGUUGAGCUCUCUUUGGGUUGGCAGUAGACAAGGGACUUGGGAAUUGGCCCAGUUUGACCAAAUUCUUCAAAACCAAUUUUUCCUUGCUGGAUUAAAGAGGAUAGGACUUUGUGCUUGGAGGCAGGCUUCAGUUAGCAUUGCCCACGCCCAUCUGGCUACCAAGAUACCAGCCUCAUUAAUUUCUACUGAGGAUGGUUUGGUCAAACCUACAAAUGCGAAUUUCCUCAAUGCGAGUCAGGCAUGGCAAGCCUAUUGGGGAAUUGAAUCUCACUUAGGCUUUCAGAAAGCAUUGCUUCCAGUACCCAACACCUUGGCUCCGGCAAAAAAGGCUCAACAAGCUCUGGCCAUUUUCACUCAAGACCCCAAUGCCAGCUUCCGUGACGACUUCCAGGGCGAGUGGUUAUCAUGCCUCUUCAAUGAUUCUAAUCCAGCAGAUUUAUUAGUGGUUGCAAAGACUGGAGGUGGAAAGUCUUUGGCCUACCUCCUACCCCCACUCAUCAAUCCAAAGGAAAGACUAGUGAUCAUCCAGCCCCUCAAAGCCUUGGUAGAUCAAACCGUCAACGACUUCAAGAAGCUCAAAACCGUCACAGUGCAGCACUUUGAGAAAGGAAACUUCAUCGAUCCUCUGGCCCAAGUAAUCAUUGUAACAACAAAUCAGGCUGCCGACUCUCACUUCUGCAACCAGCUACGCUCUUGCUUGCCCACACGCAUCAUCAUUGAUGAGGCACACUCAUUCCUUGAAGACGGAUACCGUGGAUACAUGCCUGGAGUCACAGCGCUCACUCAGCUGUCCACUCAACUCAUCCUCACAACAGCCUCGUUGCCUCAUUCUCAAGAAGACGACCUCCUGCGGAUCACCUUUGGACUGCGUCGCUUAAUCACCAAACGGCAGCCCACUUUCAGACCAGAACUCAACAUUGAGGUCUUGAGAUCCCCUGCAAAAUGGGAACAACUGUCUUCAGUCAUCCAGCCCUUGAUCGACUCUUUCCUGGUCGGCCCCAAUGACCGUGCAAUGAUCUUUAUUGAAAAUAAGCAUGCUGUUGAACUGGUAGGGCCCCAAAUUGGGGCUGUCAUUCACCACUCGGAUCUGCCAGACAAUGUCGCAGCCUCGGCCGUAGAAAAGUGGACAUCCGGUGGGGCUAGAUCUAUUGUGGCCACCAGCGGAUUCGGGACAGGGAUCAAUUAUCUUCACGUCCGUCUGGUCUGCAUCUACGGCAUCCCCAACCGAGCAACAGCAAACAAGGCUUACCAACAACUUGGGCGCGCCGGACGGGAUGGCCACCAGGCUCACAUCUUUUUCAUUCCAACUGUCUCAGACCCCCAUGGCGAUAUCGAUGACUUCAAAAAGAAUCUGAUGAAUCCUGCAGUGUGCCCUGCUAACACCUUUGCUCAACAUCAAGAUAAUCUCAACUGGUCUUGCAGGAACUUUCCCACAUUCCUUUCAUGUGUCUGUUGCUCAAGAUUAUCAGCCAACCCAGCUUUACUUCCAUCCACCUUAUCCUUGUCCCAGUCGUCUUCAAUUCCCGAUUGGUCCCCCGAUCCAUCAGCACCAAGCAAUUCAUACAACUCCUCAAGUACUGUUUCAGCCCUGGCCACACUAGGCGCACAUGUGGGAUCAGGGCUCGCUCAGUCUCGCAAACGCAGACGCUUGGAAGACACAGAUCCACUGGCAGACAAACUUGCCACCUCCAACACUCUGGCGGCCGAGAGCUCCCUCUCAAUCACUUCACUGGCCAGGUCUGCUGAGCAAGCUCGUUUGCAAUCAAUGCCCGACAACAGAGUCAACUCAAACCAGAUCAACUGCGACAACUCUCUCAUCUCCCAUGAGCUCGUCAUUCUCCAGAAGUUUAUUCGGAAGAUGAAGGAUGCUUGUGGUGACUGUUAUGUUUGGAAUAACACAAUCACUCCAGCACAUCCACGUCAAUGCAAACCAAUGCAUGGAAAGUGCUUGAGAUGUAGAGCUGGUAAAGGGUGGGCAAAUCACACCCACAGUGGAACCGAGCAUACAACCAAGAACUGCUCCUCAACCAGCUUUUCAGAUUCUAUAUCCGAAGGGUCCAAAGGAGCACACGGGUUCAAUAUUUGCACCAGGUGUGGCCUCCCUGCUGGAACCCAAGAUCAGGUCAACUUUCAUCCAAAUGGGAACGUCGGCCCAAACUGUGAUUCCGGAUUUGCUAAUAUUGCAGAGGCUAUUUGCUGGUAUGUAUACCGGGCUCAGAGACCUGAGCUUGGAAAGUGGUUCUCUUCAGCUCCCUUAGACUCUGAGCCUGCAUUCUCCAAAUGGAUUGGUAUCACCUCUAAAGAU